AUGGAGUCGGAUAUCCCCACCGAGAUUGGUUCCGUGCUUCAAGGCGCAUCCAUCAACCGACACCCAUCCGUACGGCACGACGCGAACCCAUCGACGGCCGCAUCCAAGAAGCAGCCCGUCACCCUCAAUGAACACCCAGACCCCGACAGCUCGGAAGUCGGCGAAGAUGAGAUCCCAGUCAGCGUGCUGGACCCGGUACCGCGACAGAAGACGAUGCCCCCACUGCCAGACCUGCGGUUUGAACAAAGUUAUCUGAAGAGUAUCGAGCAAGCAGAGGGGUGGCAGGGCGUGUUAUGGAUCACACUGCGGGAUCAGGUCAUAAUGUGCUUCGCCCAAGGCGUGAUGUGGACUCUCGUACUCAAUGGCUGGCGACAUUGGAACCGUUCGGCCAAGUUCAGUGGACACGGCGUUGGUGCGCGGAUACGGAGAUGGUGGUGGGGAGUCAACAAUUGGUCCAUACCAAACGCAAAGUCCAAGUUGAGGGACACCAAGUUGGCAAAGAACGUAACGGAGUACUAUGAGGGAGAAUUCUCAAGUGCGGCUCAAGAUUGA